GGGUACUUAAAUGGUUACGGAACGGGAAAGGUUAUCAUUUUGCGACUCCAUUUCAUGUAUUAUGUGAUACAAGGGUAACACUGAUAAUGUAGAGGAAAAGGGAGGGCAAGCUCCAAUACAAUAUGUACAUUAACUUUAAGUUUUAGAGUAAAUAUAACAAGUUAUCAGUCCCAAGAUUACACUUUCAAGGUCAUUAAAUGAUUGCUUCAUUUUCUCGCAAUCGCAACGCACCACAGAAUAAGAAAUAAAUCUAGUAGAUAUCACUUAGGAUACGUAACAUCAAAUGGCAAGUAAGAUAUAUUUCAUUGGAGUUGAUGUGGGUUCAGGCAGUGUCCGAGCAGCUCUUGUUGAUGAGAAAGGUCAUGUUCUAAAAACAUCAGUAAAGGCAUUACAAACAUGGAAACCUAAAACUGAUUACUUUGAACAGUCUUCCAAUGAUGUUUGGGAAUGUUGUUUACAUGUUAUUAAAAAUGUUGUGUCAAAUGUGGACCCUGCAUCUAUCAGAGGUAUAGGAUUUGAUGCCACUUGCUCACUAGUGGCUCUUGACAAAAAUUGUAACCCAAUUGCUGUUAGUAAUACACUUAACAAUGAACAAAAUAUCAUCAUGUGGAUGGAUCAUAGGGCUCAGGCUGAAGCAGAUUUAAUAAAUGAAACUGGCCAUGAAGUACUUCUAUAUGUUGGUGGCAAAGUGAGCCUUGAAAUGGAGAUGCCAAAACUGCUUUGGUUAAAAAAACACUUACCUCAAAAAUGGAAGGAAUUUGGAUAUUUCUUUGAUCUACCAGACUUCUUAACUUGGAAAGCGACUGGAUCAUUUAGUAGAUCUUUGUGCUCAUUGGUUUGCAAGUGGAAUUAUGAAUGUUCACUUGAUGGUAAGCAAGGUUGGAAUGUCAGUUUUCUGCGAGAAAUCGGUUUGGAAGAUUUGGCCGAUAAUGACUUUCAGAAAAUUGGUAACAGUGUUUUAAUGCCUGGAGUGAGAUGUGGUGGACUAACAGAUAAGGUUGCAGAGACACUAGGACUCAUACCUGGCACACCUGUGGCAACUUCAAUUAUUGAUGCUCAUGCUGGUGGUCUAGGUAUGAUUGGAACUCAUGGAGAAGGUAUUGAUAAAAAUAUGUCAACUCGACUGAGUUUAAUAUGUGGAACAUCAACCUGUCAUAUGGCUGUCAAUAAAAAGGCUAUACUAGUUAAAGGAGUCUGGGGACCAUAUUUCAGUGCUAUGGUCCCUAAUAUGUGGCUAAAUGAAGCUGGUCAAAGUGCUUCCGGAAUGUUGUUAGACUACAUUAUUUCCAGUCAUCCUGCUGGUAUUCAACUUUUGAAGACGUAUGAAACAGGAGAAAUUCGCAGACACCUUCGUGAGUUACUAUCACAAAUGACACGGGCCCAAGGUUUGGAAGACAUGAGUUUACUGACUAAAGACUUUCAUGUGUGGCCUGAUUUCCAUGGUAACAGAUCACCUUUGGCCGACCCUACUAUGAAAGGCAUGAUUGUCGGUCUAUCCAUCAACACCAGUGAAGAAAACUUAGCAUUGUUAUAUCUGGCAACAUUACAAGGUUUGUCGUAUGGUACCAGACAUAUUAUGGACUACCUUCAAUUAUCUGGAUAUGAUUCAAUUAAAUCUUUACUAAUCUGCGGUGGAAUCUCAAAAGAUCCGCUCUUUGUUCAGAUACAAGCAGAUUCUGUUGGUUUGCCUAUUUUGAAACCGCAUGAAAAAGAUUCAGUUUUAGUCGGUGCCGCGAUCCUAGGAGCUUGUGCCUCACAACACUUUAAUAGUGUUACGAGUGCUAUAGAAGAGAUGGGUGGUACAGCAGAAGUUAUUCAACCGAACAGAAACAUCAAGUAUUACCAUGAUAAAAAAUAUAAAGUGUUCCUUAAGAUGUGUGAAGAUCAAAUAUUAUACAAAAAUCUUAUGAAUUAGCAAGGUUUACUUCAUUUUGUCGUUGUAAGAGAUUACGGUAUACAGGGAUUAGGGAUUAUGUGAUGUAUGUGGGUACUCAUUAUUCGAAAACCCACAUGAUUCCACAUAUAUGCUAUUGUGUGGAGCCAAUAGUUAAUAAUAAACCAGCUUGAAUCUAGU